AUGAGCUCAUUCAACCGGCUGCGACGACUUGCCUCCCCGUCGUUUGCCCGCCCGCCCAACAUAUGCUCAGGCUGCUGGCGACAGCGGCGACAGCAACUUCGGUUCGCACAUAACAAUCCCGCGGAUGACCCCAAUUGGAUUUCAGUGGCAGACGCUCCGUCCAAACUCGUGCGAACAGGUCAAAAACAUGGCCCUGGCCUGAUCAUUCUAGCUUUGAUUCCUAUCACCGCCUUUGCCUUGGGGACGUGGCAGGUCCAGCGUUUGGACUGGAAAACUAAGUUAAUAACAACUUUUGAAGAUCGAUUAAUCAAGCCUCCCCUCCCCUUGCCGCCGGUGGUUGACCCUGACGCCGUUACUGAUUUUGAGUAUCGACGCGUGUACGCAAAGGGCCACCUUAGGCACGACCAGGAAAUGCUGAUUGGUCCUCGUAUGAACGAUGGCAAAGAUGGGUACCUCGUCGUCACCCCACUUGAGAGAGGCAACGGCGAGAGUACAAUCCUUGUGAAUCGUGGCUGGAUCCCAAAGUCUCUUAAAAACCAGAGCGAUAGACCUGAGGGAGUACCCGCUGGUGAGGUGGUUGUGGAAGGAUUGCUGCGAUCGCCGUGGAAAAAGAAUAUGUUCACGCCCGAUAAUAAACCGGAGGAGGGGAAGUUUUACUUUCCAGAUGUUGAACAAAUGGCUGAAUUGACAGGCAGCCAACCUAUAUGGGUUGAAGAGACGAUGGUGCCGGAACUCUUGGAGCAAUAUCGCAGGGAAGCAAGCGGCAUUCCAAUUGGCCGUGCUCCCGAAGUCAAUCUCAGAAAUAACCAUACCCAGUACAUUUUCACGUGGUAUGGUCUCUCCUUGGCCACAUCUGUCAUGCUUUGGAUGGUAAUUCGAAAAAAGCCAAAUAUGGCUUCUGGAAGAAUUCGACAAAGUAAGAAUUGGUCCUAA